CGUUCCACAUUGAUUUCACAGUUCUUGGUAGAGUUUAGUAUUUGUCCAGUGAAAUAUUUUAUGUUGUGCUGUAGGUACGUGGUACCAACAAACGAAAAUGAAGAUUUUAAUGAGAGCUGAUACGCAUUAUAGCAUUGUUGUGAGUGGUAGUGACUACGAAAAGCCGAAAUACACAUUUUCACAGGUUUUAGCAGCAGUUGCCGUAUCGAUGGGAUCAAUGAUUGUGGGUUAUUCUUCUGCCUAUACGUCGCCGGCACUAGCUACAAUGCAAAAUAGUACGAGGAUAUCCGUUUCUGAAGAAGAAGCAAGCUGGGUCGGCGGUUUGAUGCCGUUAGCGGCAUUGGCGGGGGGAGUGCUAGGGGGCCCUUUAGUGGACUACAUUGGAAGACGAAGAACAAUUAUCAUAACAGCAGUUCCAUUCUUCAUUGGAUGGAUUUUAAUAGCUACCGCCAAAAUUGUUCCCUUAGUACUAGCAGGACGCGCAAUAUGUGGUUUAUGUGUAGGCAUUGGGUCCUUAGCCUUUCCUGUCUAUCUUGGCGAAACGAUCCAACCAGAAGUUCGUGGUACUUUAGGAUUAUUUCCAACCGCUAUAGGAAAUAUUGGCAUUCUGAUUUGUUAUGUUGCUGGAAAAUACCUUGAUUGGUCUCAACUAGCUUAUCUUGGUGCAACGUUUUCUAUACCAUUCCUAAUACUUAUGUUUAUGAUCCCUGAAACGCCGCGUUGGUAUAUUUCCCGAGGACGAAAUGAAGAAGCUCGUAAAUCAUUGCAAUGGCUACGCGGUGCAAAUACCAAAAUUGAUAAUGAGAUGCGCGAAAUAGCCCUCUCAGAUGCAGAAAUUGAAAACGCAUCCAGCAUUAAGGAAAUAUUGAACAUGAAAUAUAUGAAAUCUAUUUUAAUUUGCUUAGGUCUUAUGGCUUUUCAACAAAUGUCUGGUAUAAAUGCUGUAAUCUUUUACACAGUCAAAAUUUUUAAGAUGUCUGGAAGUUCGGUUGAUGAAAAUCUAUCAACAAUAAUUGUAGGUCUUGUGAAUUUUAUAUCAACAUUUUUUGCAACAGCUCUCAUCGACAGGGCCGGCCGUAAAAUGUUGCUUUACAUUUCUUCUGUGACUAUGACCAUUACACUAGUAGUGCUAGGUUCAUUUUUCUACGCACGCGAUAAUUUAAACGCAGAUAUAUCGAAGUUGGGAUGGCUUCCCCUUACAAGCAUUAUGAUUUAUUUGCUAGGAUUUUCAUUAGCAUUUGGUCCAAUACCAUGGUUAAUGAUGGGUGAAAUAUUGCCUGCUAAAAUCAGAGGAGCUGCUGCAUCAAUUUGUACUGCUUUUAAUUGGUUAUGCACAUUCACAGUUACUAAAACUUUUCAUAAUAUUUUGGUUGGUAUAGGACCAGCGGGCACAUUUUGGUUGUUUGGUUGUAUUUGUUUCAUAGGUUUAUUUUUUGUUGUUAUUUGUGUCCCCGAAACAAGAGGCAAAAGUCUUGAACAAAUUGAAAAUACAAUGACUGGAAGAACAGCCCCAAGAAGUCGCCGAAUGAGUUCAAUUGCAAAUAUAAAGCCACUUCCGAGCGGUUGCUAGAUUAAUACAUUUAAUUAUAAUGAAAGAUAUUUAUUUUUAGCUGUAGCCAUGUAGUUAAUUGAAAAUUUUACGAUCUUGGAUAGCUAGCUUGUACUUGAACUAAAUGAGGAUAUUAUUAUUUUUGGUUUCUGUUUGAAUGUAACCAGUUUACUUAGGUCUCUUUACAAUAAAACCUGAAAUGUACCAAAUCAAAUGUGUAUAUAUUUAUCAUUAACAAAUUUAUAAAGCUGUA